AUGAAAAAGAAGGGCAACAACGUGCAAGUCAUUGCGCCGACGGGAAUUGCGGCUUUGCCGUUGAGUGGGAAGACUACCUACUCGUUCGCUGGCGAAAUCUCAAUGGUUGAGAACCAGUUCCUAGAGCGUCUCAAUCUACUUUUUCAAAGCGUCAUGGAAAAUACGCUUCCUUUUGGUGGCAAGCAAGUCAUAUUUCUGGGCGACUUUCAUCAGCGUAAGCUACCAAAUAUCCCGUAUAUCUUUUAUCCUCGCAUGUCUGUGGACCAAAUUUGUCUCACGACUCCUGAACUAUUUUUCUUUGCCCCUCAAACACUCCCAAAAUACCAGCUAACUCCCGCUGCAGUUCCGCCGGUUGAAUCUUUUGCUCACUGCUUGCAAUGCAGAGCAGAUAUACCCGCCAAUAGCAAGGAGCCAAACUGCACAACCAAGGGAUGCAAGUUGCCGGAAGGAGCCGUGGGCCUCACCUGGAGCUCUAAAUGGGCUUUCAAGGCAAACGUGUGGAAAGAACUGAAGCUACGCCAUGUCAAGUUGGAAAAGAUCCAUCGGCAAAAGGAUUUCCACUUCCAGGACGUCUUGAACAAAAUUCGUAGCGGCACUGAACUCACAGAUGAGGAAUGGCACCAUCUAGAACGCCCAAAGGAGCUCCCUCGGAAUGCCUUUGCUAUCCGCCUGAUGUCGAAACUCUUCGAGGUAAAGAAAUUCAACGAGCAGCAGUUGGCAUUACUUCGAUGCUCGCCCAAAGUAUGGCGAGCAAAGGAUGACUAUAUCAAACUCGCCAAGGAUAAGGAUGGCUUCCACGACAUAGGAGCAUCGUACAAAUGCAAGGAAUACGCCGACUCCCUUCGAGAUCACAGGUUCUUGGAUGAUCUAACUCUAAAAGUCGGAGCCCGCGUCGUGCUACUAUACAACCUGUCGCCUACUCUCGUGAACGGCUCAGGCGUAAUCAUCGGAUUCCAACCUGCAGAGCACGCACAUGAACUCGAAAGAAUCGACCCAUCCGGAGAGCACCCGUCAUUCAGAAAAGACUGCAUGAUCGCAUACAAACAAACGAACAACGACAUGCGGCCCCUCGUCCGCUUCGCCGACGGCACCAUCCAUCUCAUUCCCGCAAUUGCCUCUGCAUCCCUACGCGGCGGUGCGCAAAUCCACGAGCAAUACGUUGUAUGCAGGACGCAGAUUCCCCUUACUCUCGCAUGGGCACUGUCUAUCCACAAAAGCCAAGGGAUGACUCUGGAAUACGUCGAGGUUUCCUCGCGCGAUAUCUUCGAGCCGGGCCAGCUUUAUGUGGCGCUUUCGAGGGCCACGAAUGCGGAUGGGCUGAGGGUGACGGGGUUUCAGCGCACGCUGCUUCCUAUGGAUAAGGAUGUGCUGGAGUUUUAUACCAAGACGAAGUGGGAGAAAUUUCAGGGGCCAAAGUUGAAGGGGAGGGGAGGGAAGAAAUCUUGA